UGAUAAAAUUGUUUAUUUAUUCCCUGAAACAAAUGUUGUGACUGGCAGGACAUGCUUCCAAUUUUAACGGAACUUCGUCAUGCAUUGGACAUGCAAGUAGCGCUUGAAAACCAUGUUGAGGAAGGAAACUUCUUUAAGAUCUUGAGAGAGUACAUGGAUUUACUUUUGGGGACAGUCUUGAUGAUAGUAAGAAAAGCAAGUGGCGUCACUUCAGAGCAAGGCUUAACAGGGCUUAUUUCAAUGCACCUGACGGAGACGAGCCUCUGGCUUUGGACAUGGGGAGUAUGGGAAAAAGUCAAGUAUGGAUUAAUGGUCAGAGCAUUGGAAGAUAUUGGACAGCGUUCGCAACUGGUAAUUGCAAUGGAUAUGGGGAGUAUGGGACAAGGUUUCUUUGCUUGAUCAAGCACAAGGCUGAUGCUUGGUGAAAAGAACAUGCUUGGUGAAAAGAACGAUCAAGCACAAGGCUGAUGCUUCAAAACCAUAUAUAUUCCUUCCUGUUUUCAUGGCAUCUUUAUUGUAUAGAAAAUAUUUGGUAGACUACUAAUUAUUUUUUUCGGUUGAUGUACAUGGAUAAAAAUUUUAAACAUAAUAACAAGUAUUUGUUAUGUCUUAAAUUUUUAUGCUAGAUGAAAUAUGUAGUUUGGAAUUAUUUGUGGAUGAAAACUUAUAAUAGUUGCUGAUUUUAAUUAAGCAGGUUCAGAAAUGGUUGAUCUAUGUAUUUUGUUGAAUGUUCAUGAUUCAAUUUAUUUGUUGGUUUGAAUGAUUUUUGCAAAUUACAGAUUAUAUUGAAUAGAUUGGAUGGAUUAUUAUAAAUUACAGGUUUAU